AUGGCUGAGAUUCCAACAUUUAAACUUGUUCUCGUUGGAGAUGGUGGUACCGGUAAAACAACCUUUGUCAAAAGACAUCUUACCGGAGAGUUCGAAAAGAAAUACGUCGCAACUCUCGGAGUAGAAGUCCACCCUCUUGUUUUCCACACCAACAGAGGACAAAUUCGUUUCAAUGUUUGGGAUACCGCUGGCCAAGAAAAAUUCGGAGGUCUCAGAGACGGUUAUUACAUCCAAGGGCAGUGCGCCAUCGUUAUGUUCGAUGUAACUGCUCGUGUUACUUACAAGAAUGUUCCAAACUGGCACAGAGAUCUCGUUAGAGUUUGCGAGAACAUCCCAAUUGUUCUUUGCGGAAACAAGGUUGAUGUCAAGGAUCGUAAAGUUAAGGCCAAGACCAUCACCUUCCACAGAAAGAAGAAUCUUCAAUAUUACGAUAUCUCGGCCAAAUCUAACUACAACUUCGAGAAGCCAUUCCUUUGGCUCGCUCGUAAACUUCUCGGAGAUCCUAACCUCGAGUUUGUUGAAAUGCCAGCUCUUGCUCCACCUGAGAUUUCUAUGGAUCCUGCCAUGAUCAACCAAUACGAAGAGGAUCUCAGGCGAGCUGCUGAAGCUGAUCUUCCCGACGACGAUGACGAUCUCUAG